GAAGGUGGGUGGAGUGGAACACGAACCGGUAACCUCCGGGUUACUUUCUCGCAAGAAGGGCAAUGUUCUGGACUCGGCCCUCUGGGAUAUUUUGGACGUGUGGACUUGGUGCCAGGUGUGGUAACGUGAGGAGCCUCUUCGCUUCACUUCAGUUGAGUUCAGGCCCUGAGAGGUACCCCACUGUGCUGGAGAUCCAAACCCGGCCGAACCUACCAUGUCGCAGGAGCCGACCGAAGGUGCGAAACUGCGCUCUGUGGACUUCGAGAUCUUCGGCCACGUGCAGGGUGUCUGCUUCAGAAUGUACUCAGAAGCGGAAGGGCAAAGGCUUGGGCUCUCUGGUUGGGUGAAGAACACCAGGAGGGGCACUGUGGUGGGGCAAGUCCAGGGUCCUCCCCACCUGGUUAACGAAAUGAAGGUGUGGUUGAGCGAGGAGGGGAGCCCGGGGUCACGGAUCAGUCGUGCCGUGUUCUCCAACGAGCGCGAUAUCGCCAACCUGGAGACGACGGGCUUUACCACGAGGUAUUAGACCCUGCUGCUCCCGCCGGGAUCCAAGCCUGUCUACAUAGUGAAGAAGGUGACCGAAGACGGAUGGGCGACGGACGUGUUUCGAACCCUACCGUUACCUCCCGGGCCACCCGGCGACUGACGUGGCCCUCGCUCCACGGGCUCUGUGCCCCAUCUCGGACGAUCGCGCUUUCCCUGGGCCUCGGAGUCUCGUUUUCGUGGCCGAACAGGCGACCCAGUGACCGCCACGCUGCUGCUCUCCUCCCCCAGAUCCUGUGCAAAAGAGCGUUGCCCUUGCAGGACUUGACUCCUUGACUCCCCACAUGUAGGAAUCACAGAAACCGGUUUUGCGUUUCAAGGGAAAAAUAAAAACGCAUUACGAU